AAGCACAGCUAUAGACUUAUCGUGAGUCGCCUUUCCGUCCACAAGCCGUGGACCGUUACAAAAUGCAUAACUACCUCUACCUAGGUACAUAUCGGUGCUAAUUACCUCACCGUAGGUCAUCUCAGAUUGAUAGUAUCUCCAAUGCGACUAUAUCGCAGCUCUCUAUGCUUGAUACUGUCCCACCCAUAGCUGAAGACUUUCCAUUUCAGGAUAAGGAACCUUCGAUUUCUCUUUUCUUAUCAAAUAAUCCUCUGUCGCAUGCUCCUGGGGCUAUCUUCAAUCUGGAGAAUUUGACUUUCCUCACUCUACGAAACACCAAUAUCACCGAGCUUCCGCCUAGUAUCGGAAAGCUUCGUAAUCUACGAACCCUCAAUAUAUCGCUUACGCGUCUUCAAUGUCUACCAGGAGAGUUGCUAGAUCUGUUAAGAUUCCCUAGCAAGCUUGAGACUUUGAACAUACACCCAAACCCCUUUCUUCAGCCAGACAGUUUCGAAUAUGAUGCUGUUGUCGACGAGGUCUGGGACGAAUCAAAACACGAGCAAGCCGUGCUCUUCCAAGACCAGUUGACCCAGUCAGAUGGCAGAAAGGUGCGAUUCUGGCUUGACAAGCAAUACGAUCAUACUGUUCAAUCCAAGGUCCAUUCUAAUAGGAAUCUGCAUGGUUCUUUAUGGGAGAUGGUUGCACUCGCACGGACACCGAUACAGUAUAGUGAUAGUCAAGGGGUCGUUAUCUCUACGUAUAAGCUGCCGGUUUCAAAGUCAACCACAGCGGACAGUCCAGUAUAUGAUAACGCGGACCAUCCAGCCAGCAUCAUUCAAACCGAAGACCUACGCUUAUCGCCAGAACUUCCGAGACUUGGGCGAAAUCGACCUUCCGUCAAUGAGCAAAGUCGCGUGCCUUCGUUAUUUGAACUAGCCCUCCAGUCUUGCUUAAAAUCUGGACGGUUACACGAUCUACCAUCCUACCUCCCAUCUAACGCGCCUCCGCACUUCACAGAACUGCUCUACCAGCUUGCCGAUCGGAGCGAGCAGAACGCUAAUUCCGGCGACCUGCCUUGCUCGAUAUGCGGGCGGCGGGUUGCAAUACCACUUACUGAGUGGAUCGAAUGGUGGGGAGUCUCUCGUGUUAAGAUCGAUGAGAAGUCAAAGGACAUAUCUGUGGACCCCGUGGGCUCGGGAGAUAAGGAGAGGGCGGUCCCCUUCGCGAUGCGGGGUUGUUCUUGGAAGUGCUUGCCAAAGGGGAUGAGGCCGGGACAACGACAUCGAGGGACUGUUAGGUGGGGUUUCGAUCUGCAGAAAUAGUCUACUGCAUUUACGGUAUGAUCUCGGAUUGGUUUGAAUUGGAUCGAAUUGGAUCGAGGAACAGCGUAUACCAUCAGCAUGAAUCCGUCAACGAGCUACUACACGUGGUGUAAUACCCUAUAUUGUGUGAUAUUGUAUACUAGCAUAACUUGUCUUCAGGCAACAUGCACAGGCAUUCAAGUUUCAGAUCGUCAAUUGAGAUGAAUUUUGUAGAGUCGACACAAUAC